CGUACUCAGUCCGUGUCUUGCAUCGCUGCGGUACGCCACGGAAGCCAUGCGUCCUUACUGUGCGUUCGUAUUGGAUUUUCGCUCAUAGUUGUGCGUUUCUCGUGAUUUGUGACAGUGCCGCGUCGGAUUUUCUGCAAAUGUGAGUGUGUUGAAAAUGAAAGAAUGGAGUCUUUUUUACCAACGUGUUUGUUAGUGGUGUUAGUGUGUGGUGCGGUGUGCGCAAGGGAUACUGUGUGUGGUUCCAGCGACGGUGGAAUUAAAUGCACUCUGAACCCUGAUCAGAAACUGGAUGUGACGCCGAGCCUGAUCCCUCGGGACACCGAGGACCUGGAGAUCUCCGGGGGCGCGGAGGUUCGGAUCCAGGCGAACGCCUUCUCGCAGCUCCACGGAGGCGGGCUCCGGCGGGUGGCCGUCUCCAACGCCACGCGGCUCGUCCUCGCCAAACACGCCUUCCACAACCUGAGCACCGUCCAGCUCUUCCUCAACGUCUCCCACUGCCGGAGCGUCGUCGUCGAGACGGGGGCCUUCAAGUCGAUCCAGGGACCCCUCGCUCUCCAGAUCACCGACUCCGCCGACGUCGUCAUCCAGGGCUCGUCCCUGUCCUGGAUCCUCUCCGUCCUCGUCCGCGAGUGUCCCUCGCUCAAGCUCCACGAACACGCCUUCUCCCAGGAGUCCCACUACGUCGGCCAUCAUGGCCCCUCCACGCAGAUCAUUUUGGAGAAAGUCGAGAUUAAGGAGUUGCCUCGGAACGCUUUUAUUUCGGCCAUGAUGGAGUUGAGAGUCGUGGAGAGUCAUAUCGGAGUCAUCCGUCAAAACGCCUUCUCGGCAGCGAGCAUCGGCGGAGUUACCAUCCUCAACUCAAGCGUCGACACAAUCGAGGAGAACGGCUUCAGCGACCGGACCGUCAUCAGCCGAUUGAUCCUCCAACACACUCUAGUCCGUAGUUUAGAAUCAAAUGCUCUGAGAUCACCUGUAUUAAAUCUCGAAAUUCAACAUUCCAGGAUAAUUGAUGUCAAACGUGAUGCCGUCAAUUGUCUCACCCUAGCCGUAGUGAAAUUAACCUCAAACCAGUUCGACCACGUCCAGACGCGGGGAUUCGCUCUGAGGGACUGGAACCGGAUCUCAAUAGACAACAACACCUUCCUCGACCUGGCCAGCAGCGCCUUCAAAUCCUCCCCGUACGACGAACCCCUGACGAGCAGCUUCGAGCGCGUGCUCAACUUCACCGGGAACCACAUCCACAGCUCGCAGCCGCACUCCUUCGACUUCGCCGUCCUCGACUUCUGGCACCUCCACGUGGCCGACAACCGGUUCCGCCGGGACUGCAGCUGCCACUUCGACGCUUUCCUCACCCCGAUCCUCAGCGGGACCCCCCGCGCCGUCGACGCCUUCCGCAACUCCAGCUUCUGCGAGAUCAGCCGGGCCCUGGCCGAGUGCCACCGGCAUCCCGAGGGCUUCGUCGCCGUCCGGGACUUCGUCGGCGCCUGCUCCAACGACAGCCACCCCGAGUGCGUUCCUAGACAACCCCUAGUUCCUAACGACGACAGCACGUCUUUCCUCAACUUGCUGCUCCUCGACAACGUGGACAAGCAGCAUCUAGUCCUGGUGGGUAUUCUCAUCUUCGUGUCUCUCCUCCUGUCUUCGAUCGUGGUGAUCUGGAGCGUGCAGUGGGUCAAGAACUCCAGGGUGCGGAGUAAGAGUGAUCUCCUGAAGUCGUCCAAGUCUUUCAGCCGGUGUAGUCUCCUGUCUCGCUUCUUCUCCAGCGGCAUGAACUCGGCGUCGUCGUCCUCGACGCAUUCCAUUUCCAGGAUGUCCGUCCACGAGUAUGCCGAGCUUAACCUGCAGAAACUCCACGAGGAAGAACUUGACUUAGGUAUACCUAUGGAAGACAAGGCUACGCAAACGUUACCGGAGGGAUUCACGCAAGAGCUGUUGCAAAGCCUGAACGAGAAGCUGGAGGACCCGGACGCAACGAUGGAAGCACGGGUAAUGAUCAUGCAUCUCUACGACCUCAUCAAGGUGGAGGAAAGCUGCGACAACAACCUCAUCGACUCGUCGCUCGACGUCGAGCAAGUCUACGAAACCAUCGGGCCCCCAAGGAGACACCGCCCCAACGCCACUUUCAUAUCAAGGGUAAGUGUAGGGACCCGGGUGCCUUCACCGGACAAGCUGGAGCCAGUGAAGCUGUGGAAGGCGAUGCCGCAGGUAACCAAGCCGACGCUCUGCGAGUACAACGACCCGCACGACAUGGAGCGGCAUGUGUACCUGGAGCUCCCGUCCGAGUCGUCACCGAUGACGUCACCAAUGACGUCACCUUCGACGUCGACGUCCACGCCGCCGAUGCCGCCGCUUCCGUCCUCCUUCCGCCCCUCGACGGCGGGCGCAGCGCCGGGGGUGCGCUUCCAGAACUACCCCCACGCCCAAGGCUCCGUGAUCUGCGACUACAACGAGCCGCACGACUCCGCCGUCCACAUCUACUCCGAGGUGCCGGCCUCCAUGAUCAACCGCCCGUUGCCAGGGAAACCGGAGGACCUCGAGGACGCCACCACUGCCUCCUCCGGCUACUCCUCCAGGUGAGCUCCUCCCAGGAGUAGGCCUCCAGGUGAGCUCCUCCCGGGAGUAGCCAGACUCUAGACUGACUGUGAUAGUUGGGUGGGGGGCUUUCAAAUCCCAAGUGCAACGAGAUGAGUUCAGAGAACCAACAUCCGGGUAUCGAACACAUUUUGCCCAAUUAAUUUGCCAAUUUUUUACUGAAAACGGUAAAAAGCUAAGACUGUUUCAAAUUCCUUGUUUUGACAAGGAUAAGCACAUUACAUCCCUUCAUUCCGAAAGGAUGUAUUAUUCUUUUAAAAUGAAACUGAGAGUCUCCCAACUGCCUUCAAUUAGUAAAAAAGAUAUUAAAAAAAUUUAACAUUAAAAUUUUAUUUUAGCAGAACUUGUUCGAUACCUCGAUGCUUGCGUAUUUUGGCUAUAGAUUCUAAUGACUUUGUGAAGUAACUUCAUAUAGCCCGUUUCCUUUGAUCUCGGCAAUUCUAUUCUCUCUCUCUUAGAUGCAAAAUUUUCGCAGAAGGCUUGAAGCAAACGAGUCUUAAAGCUUUAAAUAUUUCGAAUUGACUGAUGGAGUGAUGGUUGGUGGUCGACUGAGGUUAGUAGAACUAACACACACCAACGCCACUUUUUCUGAACAUGUGAGGAGAAUAGCAAGUUUAUUGCAUUAUGAAUUAUGAAUUAAGAUUCAGUUCAAAAGAAUUCCCUGGUGUUUAUGCUACCUCAAUGCUUGGUUUACAACUAAGUGUAACGAUAAUGAUUAAUGAGAAAAAUGGAGAGUGCUUCAGGUCAGUAGCUUUCGGUUUUCUAAUAUUGUAGCUGUGUCACUUAUUUUUAAGAUGGAUAUCUUCUAAGCCUCUCUACUGAAAAAAAAUGUUUGUACCAAUAUCAGAGUUACUUCGAUACAUUAAAGUGUCACAGUGAAAGUGCAUGAAAUACACCAAAAAUCUAUGACGUUAGGAUAUUUUUAUCGUAGGGCAAUGAAUAAUCAACGCCCCUGGCAAAAACAGAGGGCUCUUGGCUUCGCAUUUGUAUUACCAUGACAUGCACCAAGAUUGAAUCAAGCUUUUUAAGAAGAAGCAUAUCAUCUGCUGGUCAGGAAUGUGUUUCAAUUGUUAUGGAUCUUUCUUUUUUUAUUGUUUCAAAGUUCAAGAACUUAUGAUUUUAUAGCAUUGAACUUAAUUUGUUCCUUGAUCUCUACUUAGUUUGCCUAACUCUGCACACAGCUCUGCCCGACAAACGCUUAUUUCCGUCUUUUUCUUUCAUGUAAUCAUCAGGGGCAUUCAAUUUAACGAAGAAAAAGCCAUUUCUAGCACUUGGAUUUAUUAUGCCCUUCUUCCUCACCAAAUUGCUGAAAGACUCAAUUUUUGUAUUCAAUUUUUGUUUAGUUUGUAAGGUCUAUAAUUUAACAGGGUUGAGCAACUUUGAUUUAUUUCUUUGUUUUUUUCUCUCUCCUUCCUUCAUUCUUUCUUUCUUUCUUUCAGUUUUUCACUCAUCAAAGAAGAUGUUAUCACGUAUAAUUUUCUGUUUAAUACUACAUUUGUUUCUCAUGUUAUCUUUUUUUUCUUUCUUCCUUUCUUCUCUUUUUUUUUCGAGAUUCUGAAGCAAUUGAUCAGUAGCAGAGUCAUCAAACUCACAAAGUGUUUUUCUUUCUUUUAAAUUCCAAGACAUUCAUUUCUUGUUUUGUUUUGUAUUUGUUAACAGUUAUGAAGUGUAAAAUUUGCUGAGACUGAGUUAAUUCAGCUCUUAAGUCACCUUUUUAUUUUAUUGUUUGAUUCAAAUUGUGAUUGAAUAUAUUGUAGCUAUAAUAUUUUUUUGUAAUUAUUGUAAUUUCCUCAUGUUCUUUUGCUGUAAGUUCUGCAUUUGUAUUAGUCAGACUCUUGAUUCGAUUACAGUCGUCUUUUUCCGUAACCAACUUUGCUUUACCUAAACAAGUGACUGGAAAUCGUUGCCAAAAUAUGAUCAAUCAUUCAUUAUUUUCUGUUUUGAUUAAUUCGAAGACAAAAUUUUCCGUACAUGUUUAAUGAAAAGACAAGAGUCACUUAAUCUAGUCUUUGUAUUUAUGUUAAGAUAAGAAAAAAAAUCUUAGUAUAAAGACUCAAGAAACACAAUUUCGAAACCAAUAUGCAAAUUUAAAGCAAAUUAAUUACUUCCUAGUUCAAUUUGAAUUACUUAUUGUGGUCCGAUUCAAAUAAUUCAUGUAAUUUUUCUGCCAGUGCACUUACGAGAAAUUUAAUCAAACAUAGGAUUCAUUAUCUUCUUAUCCUCACACAUAAAGACUUUUUUUUUUUUUCAUUUUGUUCUAUCAGCAGCCCCACAUUUGAAUUUUUGAAGUUCUUUUUUCAUAGUUGUUUACUCUUACUUUUUCUGUCUUAGCUAAAAACUAGUUAUUUAAAAAUUUAAAUUAUAAUUACUAUUUUUCUCAUUAUUUUUGUAAAUUCAAUGUUCUACAGUUUGUAAUAUUAUGCAGAAAAAUGUUGACGCAUUACAAAAAG